CAGACUUAAACAUGUCACUGCCCAGAAAUCAGAGGAAGGGCGAGAUGGAGAAAAUACUGAUGUUGCUUCUGUCCAACCUGCAGCAAGAAAGUUGUGCUGGACAGGUGGCACUUACAUUUAUGCAGGCUCAGGGAGAAAGCCUCAACUGCUGAUGCACCUGGAGAGCUACAUGAACAAGGAGCUGCAUACUAUCAGCUCCCAUGAGCCGAACUUUCUGGAACUAAAACUACAGGUCUACCGUGAUGUCUUCAGUUGUUUCAUCAGAGAGUUCAAAACCUACCAACCUCUUCUUUCUGCCAUCAAAAAGGAAUAUGAAAACACUUUAGCAUAUCAGCAGGAUCAAAUCCGAGAGCUGGAACCACUGCGAUCCCAUCUGAGGCUGGUAACAGAGGAAUGUGACAGGAAGAUUCAAGCUCGCUGGGCAGAGGAGCAGACUGAGAUUGGAGCCUUGAAAAGGGAGAAGCAGCAACUGCAAAGGGACAUUGAGGCCAUGAGGGAGAAAGAAAAGGCCAUGCAGGCUGUGGUGGAUCAUCUGCAGUCUGAACUCUCCAACCAGUAUCUGCAGUAUCGAGAGGAGCGUGAUGCCCGCAAGUUGCUGAUCUGGCAGCUUAAUGACCUAAGAAGAGGAUCUGUGAAGGAGGAGCAUCCUGCAGAUGAAAAUACAGAAGAGUCUAAGGACCCUGUGGAGCUGCAGCUCGCUCUGAAGGUGUGUCGCAAGGACCUUACUAAAGCCCAGGAGGACCUUAACAGGAUGAAGGCAGACUACUGGGAUGUCGUGCCAAGACGCAACUGGGACACUCUGGAACAAACACACAAACAAAGCCUUCUGCAGUUGAAGACACUGCAGGGUGAAUUUGAUCAGUUGAAGAGUGAGUAUGAUUCCCUGAUGAAGCAGCGCAGAAGAGGCAGUAUGAAGACACAUGACCCACAUGACCCCAGCACUGUGCAGAGGGAUGAGAGUGUGUCCCAAGGGCAAAACCAGACUCUGUCCAGCCACCUUAAAGAGCCAAUCGUCUCUGAUGCCCCUGAGAGCAGCACACCCACUGUCCAGGAGAUCAGGGCGGCCCUGAGGACAGCAGUCCCUCUGAAGUCAGAUGAGGAAAUAGAUGAACUUGUGGCCCCGACUCAAAGAGAACCAGACAGCAGCAAUGACACCGUCUCCUCUCAGAGACUCCACAGCCUGCCGGCAGAAUCAAGUGUGGCCCUUUUACCUCCAGUUUUUGAAGAAUCAAAAGAAAAUUCUGCAUCAACUCACCUUCCAGCCAGUGACUGAUAUUAUGUUGUAGUACUGA